AUGCUAAUUGAUUUACCCAUUGAUAUUCAAAAAUUUAAUAAACCUGUUUUAUCUGAUGUUGAAGAAUUUCAAGUUGAACUAGUAGAUCCUGAAUAUAAACAGGCAGUGUUCAUUUUUCACGUGCGCAAAAGUGAAUUAUCAUUGUCAGAAAUUGAGCCGUUUGAAGAUGAAUUAGUUAAUGAGAAUGACGAAUUUUUUAAAAUCGCAUGUUUUACAUCCUGUUUUAAUAUAAAAAAUAUAGUUUAUUCUAGUAUUCAAGAACAGUUACCAUAUUGUACAACUUUAUUGCAUCGUUUAUCUAAAAGAAAAAAAUGUGACUAUAUUCAUAAUCUUUCUAAUGGAAAUAUUGAUCAUGUUUGUAUUGGAACACACAAUCAUCCGCCACCUCAUCCUGAAAAAAUUCCUGCAGAUAUAAAAGCAAAUCUUCAAGCAUUAAUUAAUCAA